ACAAUUAAAGAAUGAGAGGCAAAGUGAAAUUAUAGGUAAAAUACAUGCGAAAGAUUUCUCUCUCUCUCUCUCGCUCUCUCGCUCUAUGCUGUGGAUAUGGCGGUCUCACUCUCUGCGACUCUCAACGCAGAUCAUUCAACUCGUAUUCAAGGUAGACAAUGCAAAUACACGGGUCAAUCAGUGUUUUUAAUGAGGGGACAGAGAGCACUACCCAUAAAGAUAUUAACGGUGGGAAGAACAAGGUCACAGGGGGUACAACUAAUAGUUGAUGAUUACAUUGAGAAACUCAAAUGCUACUGCCGCAUUGAAGAUGUCCGUAUCCGGUCCAAUCCUAAGAAUUCCCGCAGAGAUGUAAAGGCUCAGGUAGAACAUGAAGACAUGGCUGUCAUGCAUCUCAUCCGGUCUGACGAUUGGGUUGUGAUGCUGGAUGAGCAUGGACUAGACAUUGAGUCUGAGCAGAUGGCUGAGUUGAUUGGGGAUGCAGGGAACACAGGAGCUUCAAGCUUAUUAUUUUGCAUUGGCGGAUCUUAUGGUCAUGGGAGACAAUUGCGACAACGGGCUAACUUAUCAAUCAAGUUGUCAUCUUUGGUCUUAAAUCAUCAGAUUGCAUUGGUUGUACUCAUGGAGCAACUAUAUAGGGCAUGGACUAUUCUUAGAGGACAAAAAUACCAUCACUAGAGAUAUUUCUCAUGGUCACAAUCAUAUACAGGAUUGAUUUGAAGUGACAUGUUCAGGCCAUAGAAUGUUGUCUGUUAGUCCACCACAACUCGGUACGCUGUUCAUUGUCUGCUGAUAUUACAAGCGAGUAUAGAAAUUAUUAAAAUGAAUAGCAAUUUAUGUACAGUUAAUAUAUAUAUAUAUAUAUAUAUCGAUUAUAUACUAUGAUUCUUUCUUGAUGGAAACAUAUUUUAUCGAUGAUUAUUAGAAUCCUGAUCUAAAUUGUAGGAUCUUAAGAUCCUAUUACUCCAAUUUGGCCUUGUUUACUGUUGAAUAAACAAUGAAUGAUUGAAAAUGUCAUGACAUCAACACAUCUGAGAAAAUGGACUUUAGUUAUUUUUGGAGGUUUGAAGACAAGAAGUUUGCUUUUGGGAUAACGGUAGUUAUGCUUGUGAUUUAGCUCUUAGUUGUAGGAAGUGAGAGUGGGUGCACAUAGAAGAGUCUAAGGCUAAAAGAAACUUGAGGAGCAUUAAUGUAUUUUAUACAAAUAUAUUGUAAGAAAUAUUUUUGUUGCUUAAGCAUAGUAAAUUCUCCUCACAAAUUAAUGAUACAUCACCAAUAACAUGUCUUUACUCCUCAACUCUCACAAAACACAUACUAAAAUAUCUAUCAAAAAAUCUCGAUCCUUUAUUUCCUAAGCGGAAAGCUGAAAUCUAUGACAAAUAUUUGUUCCCUACGUAUUCUUUUGCAUUGGUAGCUUUUCAUUUAUUUCUUUAGGUUUCAUAUUGCAUAUGUUUGAGAUGUCCAAUCUUAGUUGGAACUGCCAAUGGACAGUUAGGUAAUUUGGGCAUGAGAAAAUUCGUGCCGUAAUUGAGUUGUGAGCUUUAUAUAAUAUAAUACUAGACGUGUGAGUACACACUACAUGUGUGAAGUUUAAAAUAACUAAAGGCAGUUACUUGAAGUAAUUUAGAUCUAGGAGAAUUGAAAAGUUACCAUGUUUUGGAAAAUUUUACACACCAUCAUGUGUAGAUCUCACGCCUGUAAAUGGUGUUAAAUUUUAAGUAGUUUAGAUGAGGUACGCCCACUUAGGUGUAAGCUUUGUGUAGUAGAAUAGAUAUAAUAAUACUUGAAGACUUGCACAAUAACGUGUGCAAUUGAAAUUGUAGGAGAUCAUGGGUGAGAGUGGAGCGAAUAGUGUACAACUGAACACAGUCAAUUUUGUUGAUUGAUUUUGCCUUUUUUAAGGCAAAGUUAAAUAGUAAAGAAAAUUUAGUAUUAUUGUGGUUAUUUUUUAAUAAAAAAAUCAAAAAAAAAAAAUCAA